CAAACGCAUCAAUUACUUCAUUCAUUUCAAUCUGCUUCCACUAUUGAACAUACAUACAUUUAUCAUUUCUAGUGUAUAUCUACCGUUAAACUGAAGUGUAUAAAUACUUGUAUUUCCAAAUUAAUAAAUCAUCAUGGACCCCAACGCAUUCCCACCAGAGCUCCGAGAUAAAAUCCAAUGGGCCGGGAAUGAUGUGUUGACGUAUCGUGAUGCGUACACGCACAUGAAAAACCCACCCACGCAGCCUGGGUACGGAACGCCUCCAGGGAAUUACCAUCCACACGGGAAUGGUGUCUGGGCCGGUGUUCCUAAUAACUCGUAUGCGCAGUCCCAAUAUCCCCCCAGCACAUCUUUCUAUCCGCAGUCCUCAGCCUACGAAGAGAGUGUCUACGAAACCGGAUCCGAAGCCGGGUCGGACCAGAACACGGUCAGGGGUCUCUCUCGGACUAACAGCAAUAGGUCUCGGUCGCAUGUUGGAGGCAGCCAGAGCCGGGGCCAAAGUCCAUUGUCAAGCCAGGUGACUGCUAGUGGACCGCCGAGUCAUUCAUCAUGGAGACCGCCUUUCGCAUCCCACUUUGGGAGUGAUCGGGGCUCCGCCAGCUCGAGCCGGGCAGAAACGCUCACCUUGCCACUAACAAGGGCCAACGUAAGUGCAGUAUCAGAGGCGUCCCAGCGCCUAUACCCAACACCGUCACAGCUGUACAACAUGAGACCGGUCUCACGCGGCGCACCGUCACAAGGCAGUAGCGCACGUCAAUAUCGCGACCAAGCGGGCUCUCCAGGCCCCGGGAGACAGGGCCAUCGACGAAGUAGCUUUGUGGACAGCGUAGAUGGUGGGGCCCCCCUUUGGCCUUCGGGGUCGAGGAGAAGUGGUGCUUAGAUGGUCGCUUAAAUAGGUACCUAUAUAAGUAUAUAAAGAAGUGUAUAUAGGGAAGUGAUAGACUUCCUAGAGC